UCCGAGUUUGCGAACGUCGACGGGGAGCAAAUCGUGACGGUCGUGCUCAUCCGGCUGGUGUUUGGUCACGUGAUGGUGGACGUGGACGUGCAGUCGGAGGGCAACGCGGACGAGGCGCAGGUGGCGGCCGUGCUGUGGCGCGCCGUGCGCACCGGCGACAUCGCCAAUUACCGCGUCUCCACGCAGGGCUACAGCUUCCGGCGCAUCGGUCACGACGACGAGCCGACCCUGCCUCCUUCCGACACCCCGUGGACGCCCACGGAGGCCCCGCGUGCGUGUGGGCCGGAGGAGUUUGCGUGCGGCUCGGGUGAGUGCAUCCCCCUGGACUACGCGUGCGACCGCCGCAUGGACUGCGAGGACGACUCGGACGAGAGCAACUGUGCCAUCACGGCGGAGCCCACCCCACCUCCCGCCGUCGUGCUGCCCCCGGCUGUUGUACCCAGCCGUCCCGAGCGCCCUCCUAGCCGGCCCGUCGUCACGCCUCCUCCGCCUCCGCCGCCGUCGCCGCAAUCAUCGCCGACGCCGCCGCCGCCGCCGCCGCUGACGCCUCCGCCGCCGCGCCCCCAGGUCCCCCACACCGCAGCGCCCGUGCCGCCCCCCCCGGCCGCUCGCCCGUGCCGCGUCGAGGAGGCGGUUUGCGGCAACGGGCAGUGCGUUCCGCGGGACUACCUGUGCGACGGGGAGAAGGACUGCACCGACGGGAGCGACGAGAUGGCCUGCGCCACCGCCUCCCCGUGCGAACCCAACGAGUUCCGGUGCCGGAACGGACGCUGCGCGCUCAAGCUGUGGCGCUGCGACGGAGACAACGACUGUGGGGACAACUCGGACGAGGACGUCUGCCCGACGCGGGGCCCGUACGACCGCUGUGCCCCGGAGCAGUUCUCGUGUGCGUCGCGCGACCAGUGCAUCCCGGCGAGCUACCAGUGCGACGAGGAGCGCGACUGCCGCGACGGCUCCGACGAGAACGACUGCCGUCCCCCGCAGGUGGUGAUGCCGCCGGCGGACAUGGUGAUGGUGUCACGGGGGGACUCGGUGACGCUCACCUGCGAGGCCGUGGGGGUGCCCACGCCACUCAUCACCUGGAGGCUCAACUGGGGCCACGUGCCCGCCAGCAGCCGGGUGUCGAUGAGCUCGGAGAACGGGCAGGGCGUGCUGGUGCUGCGUGACGUCAAGGACACGGACCAGGGCGCCUACACGUGCGAGGCCAUCAACGCCAAGGGCAUGAUCUUCGGCAUCCCCGACGCCGUGCUCGUCAUCAAGGGCGACACCGGCCCGUGCGGCGAGGGCCAGUACAACUCGGUGGCGAGGGAGCGCGCCGAGUGCCUCCGCUGCUUCUGCUUCGGCGUCACCAACGCCUGCGAGAGCACGCGGCGCCACCGCUCGCAGAUCACGCUGCGCUUCACCGAGCCCGACGACCAGAAGGGGGUGAACGUGACGAUGCGGAGCUCCAUGUCCCAGCCGCUGCUCGCCGCCACGCAGAUCAUGGUGGACGGAGAGAGCGGCUACUUCCAGCUCGUCGACCUCUCUCGCCACUUCCGCACCGUCGAGUCCUUCUGGGAGCUGCCCGGCCAGUUCCUGGGCAACAAGAUUGGCUCGUACGGCGGCUCCCUGCGCUUCAAGAUCCGCUACAGCGUGGGGCGCGUGAACCAGCUGAGCGUGCCAUCGCGGCCCGACGUGCUUCUCAAGGGGGGCGGCCGCACGCUCGCGUACCGCCCCCGCAGCGCCACACAGACCGGGGCCCACAACGACCUCUCCAUCCUCUUCAUCGAGGAGAACUGGCAGCACGAGAGUAGCGGUCGCGCCGUCACGCGGGAGGAGCUGCUCAUGACGCUCGUGAACCUGGAGGGGAUCCUCAUCAAGACCGUGUACGACGACAAGAUGGUGAGCGUGGGCCUGGCCGACAUCGCCAUGGACACGGCCAUCACCACCACCACGAGCCUGGGCCCCGCAUACGCCGUCGAGGAGUGCAGGUGCCCCCCGGGUUACACGGGCCUAUCGUGCGAGCAGUGCGCUCCGGGAUUUUCGCGGGUCCACUCUGGCCUUUACCUGGGAACCUGCGCCGGCUGCAGCUGCCACGGCCACGGGACCGCGUGUGACGAGCACACGGGCGAGUGUCUGAGCUGCCAGCACAACACGGAGGGGGCGCGCUGCGAGCGGUGCCGUGCGGGCUUCGUGGGGGACGCCACGCGCGGGACCCCCGCCGACUGCCAGCCGUGCCCCUGCCCCUUCACGGGGCCCCCCAACCAGUUCUCCCAGACGUGCUUCCUGGACAGCGACGGGCGCCCGACGUGCGACGCCUGCGCCCAGGGAUACGUGGGGAGGCGUUGCGACCGCUGCGCGCCCGGCUACGAGGGAAACCCGACGUCGCACGGCGGGACCUGCCAGAGGGAGGAGGGUCAUUGUGACCGCCGGGGCAGCCUCUCUCUGCAGCCCAUCGGAGGGCAGUGUCUUUGCAAGCCGCACGUGGUAGGGUCCCGCUGUGACGAGUGUGAGGCCGGAGCGUUCCAUCUGAGCGACACGGGGCCCAACGGCUGCCUCAGCUGCUUCUGCAUGGGCCUCACGCGGCAAUGCACCAGCUCCACCUGGAGCCGCGACGUGGUGCGAGCGGACUUCUCGGCGAGGGAGCAGCCGCUGUACCAGCUGACGGAGCUGGCCAGCGGGCGCACCUUCCGCGACGAGCUGGUGUUCCGCGGCGACGCCAUCUUUGUCUACAGCUUCAACACGCUGCCUGCGACGCCGCUCUACUGGGCGCUGCCCGACCGCUUCCGCGGGGACAAGGUGACGGCAUACGGAGGGGAGCUGCGCGUCACCGUGCGCUACGAGGCAUCCCCCGGAGCGACGCCACACGCCACGCCGUCGCUGGCGGACGUGCUGCUGCAGGGCAACGACAUCUCGCUGGAGCACCGCCUCAACGCACCGCCACAGCCUGGGGCCUCCACGCCGCUGCGCAUCCCCAUGCGGGAGACAUCAUGGCGACGGGCGGACGGGCAGCCCUGCUCGCGCGAGCACCUGCUCAUGGCGCUCGCAGACGUCGCCGUCCUGCUCGUCCGGGCCACCUACACCGACAACACGCGCCAGGCUAGCAUCAAGGACAUGACCAUGGACGUUGCCGUUCCCAUGGAGACGGGGCUGGGCCGUGCCUACGAGGUGGAGGAGUGCAUCUGCCCCACCGGCUACCGCGGAACUUCCUGUCAGGACUGCGCUUUUGGCUUUACGCGCUCCGAGGUCGGCCUGUACCUGGGCAUGUGCGUGCGCUGCGACUGCCAGGGCCACUCCAACGACUGUGACACGCAGUCUGGCCUCUGCCUGAGCUGCCAGCACAACACUGACGGGCCGCGGUGCGACCGCUGCAAGCCGGGCUUCUACGGAGACCCGUCCACGGGGGGCCCCGACGCCUGCAGACCCUGCCCCUGCCCCCCCAUCGGACAGAGCCCGGGGUCAUGCUACCGAGACUCGGACGGGCAGGCAACCUGCACCACUUGCCCACCAGGACACACCGGCCGCUUCUGUGACAGGUGUGCGGAGGGAUAUUCUGGAAAUCCCCAAGCUGGCCAGCCCUGCACAGAGGGAUGCCGCUGCGACCCCCGUGGCAGCGCCGGGGAUCAGUGUGACAGCCACAGGGGCUGCCAGUGCAAGGUGAACGUGGAGGGCCGCACGUGCGACACGUGCCGCCCUGGCACGUUCCACCUCCACGCCGACAACCCCGACGGCUGCCUCGCCUGCUUCUGCAUGGGCGUCACUGGGCAGUGCACCAGCUCAGGCUACUACCGCCACACGAUCACGAUGGGGCUGCAGCCCGGGGGCGAGCACGGCUUUGCGCUGGUGAACCGCGCCCGCACCACCGUCGUCACCGACGGGCUUCUGCUGGAGCGCGUGGCCCCAGGGCGCGUCACCGCUCCCGCCUUCGGCCAGCUGGCGCCGCACACGCACUACUGGCAGCUGCCGCCCGUCUUCACGUCCGACAAGAGAGAGAGAGAGUUUGCCCGCAUUCGCCGAGCUCACAAGAAGGAGAUGGCGACGAUGACCGAAGACGAGCUGCGCCGCGACGCCUCCGCGUGGCAGCACCUGACCUCCUUCGAGGCACCUUCCAGGGCCAAAAGGUCGCAGGGCUCCGACAUGACCGACGAGCAGCUUCGGAUCGACUCCGACGUGUGGAGCCUCUUCCCGUCAUUCUUCCGGCCGCGCCGUCCCGCGGCCGAGCGCCCCUUCCCUGGGCCUCCCGGCCUCGCCAACGCCCUUCCCGAGGGCCUCCCCGACGAUGCCAACCCCAACGCGAUCCCCAACGAGCCACCCGGCGCUCCCCCGCACCGGCACGCCCAGGGGGGCGGCCGUCGCGGCGGGAACGACGGUGGCGACGGCGACGGCGCCGCAUUCGGGGAUAAUAAUUUCCUCGAUCUUUUCCCGGUUUUCUCGGACGCCGGCUCCGGUUGGCCGGAGGAUUUCCCGGCUCGGCGUGGGCGGGAGUCGGGGGGCCGGGCGCCCCCCCCUCCCCCACGCAGGAUCCCCCUCAUUCUGCCGCCCCCCCUCCCGACGCCGCCGCCUUCGUGGCGCUCGUCGUGGUCGUCGUCGCGCACGUCCGGUUCCCCCGUGUCAACCAGCAGUCGUCGCACACAGCUGCAGAGCAAGACGCACGUGGGGCAGUUUCCCUCCCUCCUGGAGGCGGCCCCCCACUUCGACCCCCUGACCUCUCGGGGCAACAAGUCGUCCAAUGAGAUCGCGAGGGUCCACGAGCCCUUGACUCCACGGGGGGCUCGGCCGCACGAGGUGGCAAAGUAUGAGUUGGUCUACAGGGACUGGUCGCUGCUGCCUCGAGAUGAAGUCUUCUACUGGCGCCUGCCCGACUAUAUCUGCUCCCAGCAGGUGACGGCGUACGGAGGAAAGCUCCGUUACACACUCUCCUACUCUGCCGGACCCCAGGGCUCCCCCAUCCCUGAUGCUGACCUCCACAUCAUCGGCAACGACAUCACCCUGUCGGCGUACCACCGGGAGCAGCUGCAGCCCGGGGAGACGCGCACCUUCGAGAUCCCCCUGCGCGAGUCGUACUGGCAGCGGCUGGACGGGCAGCCCGCGACGCGCGAGCACCUGCUGAUGGCGCUGGCGGACGUGGACGCGAUCCUCGUGCGAGCCUCCUUCUCCACGGACAUGGCGAGCGCCAGCAUCGGCGACGUGUCACUCGAGACGGCGGUGCCGGGCGACACGGGCGGGGCGCGCGCGCUCCAGGUGGAGCAGUGCAGCUGCCCCGCCGCCUACACCGGACUCUCCUGCCAGGACUGCGCUGCGGGCUACACGCGCACCGGUGGAGGCCUCUACCUGGGCCUCUGUGAGAUGUGCGACUGCAACGGCCACUCGGACAGCUGUGACCCGGAGACGGCGUCCUGCUCUAGCUGCCAGCACCACACGACGGGCAGCUCGUGCGAGCGCUGCGAGCCCGGUUACUAUGGCGAUGCCACCCAGGGUACUCCUGAGGACUGCCAACCCUGCGCCUGCCCGCUCAGUAGCCACGGCAACCAGUUCUCCCCGAGCUGCGAGGGAGCCCCUGACGGGGGCUACCGCUGCACCGCGUGCCAGGCUGGGUACACGGGGCGCUACUGCGAUCAGUGCGCGCCCGGUUACCUGGGCAACCCCCGAACCCCGGGACAGCGGUGCGUCCUCGCAGACCGGACUCCGCUCUUGAUAAGGAUCGUGCCGGACCGCAUCGUCGUGGCGACGGGAGAUGGAGUCACCCUGCGUUGCCAGGCAACCGGGUCCUCUCCUGUUCGGUACGACUGGGCCCGCGCCGAUGGGCAGGCCAUCUCUGAAAGGGGGCAGAUGAGACUGCAAGGCCAGGAACUGUCAUUCCAGGACGUGCAGGCGUCGGAUGGCGGGGUCUACGUGUGCACGUGCCAGAGCCGCACGGGCAGCAACUCCAGCCAGGCAACCAUCACCGUCACCGCACGCACACGCCGGCCGAUCACGGUGCGCGUGGAGGAGCCGAUCGUGCGCGUCGUGCGGCCGGGAGGAACGGUCACCUUCAUCUGCACGGCCGUGAGCACGCUGCCCGCGUACACGCUGGUGUGGACGCGCGACAGCGACGGGAUGCUGCCCGUGCACGCCCAGGACUUCAACGGCAUCCUCACCAUCGUGGGCGCCCGCAGCACCGACGCCGGCUCCUACACCUGCACCGGCUCCAACAUGCUGGACAUGGACACGGGACGCGCGCUGCUGCACGUGCAAGUGAGCGCCGUGUCGCCCCCCCUCGUGGUGGUGGAGCCGGCGUCCCUGACGGUCGGGGUCGGGGAGAAGGCCGAGUUCAGGUGCUCGGCAUCGGGGGACCCGCAGCCCGUCGUGGAGUGGACGGGAGGCCCGGGCGGCUCCAUGGCGCUGGCCCCCGGGGUGCGUGUGCUCGGCCCCGUGCUCACGAUCCCCGCGGCCCAGCGCGCCCACGAGGCCGAGUACACGUGCCGCGCGCACAGCGCCGGCGGGCAAGCCGAGGGCCGCGCGGUGCUCUACGUCCGAGGCACGGGUAGCCCCCCCGUGGUGGAGGUUCACCCCUCGCACCUGGAGGCCGUCGAGGGAGAGAACGUGAAGCUCUACUGCCGCGCCACCGGGGACCCCAAGCCCACGCUGACCUGGCGCCGGCAGGACGGGGCCCUCCCCGCCGAGGUGCUGCCCUUUAGGGGGUUCAUCCCCGUGGGUAGGCGUGACAGUCUAGCUCACGUUCACCUCCUGCACCGUGAGAACCAGGCGCUGACGGAGGUGACGGGCGUGGGCACGCUGGUGCUGCCGGCGGUGCGCACGUCCCACGCCGGCGCGUACGUCUGCGUGGCGUCCAGCGCGGCCGGGGCGGCCGAGGCGAGGAUAGAGCUGGCCGUGCGGCCCGGUGGGGCGGUGCCGCUUCUGCCCCCCCCCGGCCCCCCGCCCACGACGUCGCCCGGUCGCCGCCCCCCCGUGGUGCGCAUCGACCCCCCCUCCGCGACGGUGCCACUGGGGGGCUCCGUGGCGCUGCGCUGCGCCGCGCACGGACAGACGGAGGCACGCGUGUCGUGGGAGAGGGCGCACGGCCAGCUAGCCAGCAACCAGCGGGUGUCUGGCAGCGUGCUGCACAUCGUGGGGGCCUCCGCGGAGGACGCGGGCGACUUCACCUGCACGGCGCUCGACCCCCACGGGCGGCCCCUCGCCUCCUCCACCGUCUCCGUCACCGUCGCCGCGUCGCGCCCCACAGGGGGCGGGCCCGGCUCCUCCGUGGAGCAGUCCAGACGCGAGGAGAUCCCGCGUGUGAAGGUGCAGCCUUCGAGCCGCCUGACGGUGCAGCACAACGACAACGUGCAGUUCUCCUGCCAGGUGCAGGGCGGGGCGCAGCCAGUCAGCGUCGAGUGGAGAACGACCAACGAGCAGCCCUUCCCGGAGAACGUGCAGGUGAGCGGUGACGGCUCGGAGCUGCGCGUGGUGCGGGCCCAGCACGCCAACCAGGGCACCUUCCUGUGCCACGCGGCCAACGCCUACGGCGUCACCAGCAGCACCGCCACCCUCGUCGUGCAGGGUCCCCCGAGCAUCGCCAUCACCCCCAAGGGGCCGGUGCGCGUGCGCCCGGGCGCCACGCUCACCCUGGAGUGCUCCGGCAUGGGCCACCCGCGGCCCUCCGUGCACUGGAGGAUCGCCGACCUGCGCCCGCACGGCCUGCCCCACGCGCCGCCCACGGAGGGCAGCGCCCUGCUGCAGCUGACGUCGGUGCGAGCGCGCGACGCGGGGACGUACGCCUGCGUCGCACGCAACGACAUCGGCUCCACGGAGCAGCGCGUGGAGGUGGUGGUGGAGGGCCCGGGCGGGGAGGGCCCACCGCUCAUCUCCUUGCCGGAGCCCUCGCUCGUCGUCACCGCCGGCGGCACCGCCACGCUGCGCUGCACCGUCACCGGCUCCGGCUCUCCCGUCAUCACGUGGUCCAAGCUGCGCUCGCCGUUGCCGUGGCAGCACCGCGUGGAGGGCGGCGUGCUGACGAUCCCCAACGUGGGGCAACAGGACAGCGGCGAGUACAUCUGCAACGCCACGAGUCGGCACGGCAACGCCGAGGCCUUCGUCUCGCUGGAGGUGGAGGUGCCCCCCUACGCGACGUGCUUCCCGGCGCGCGUGGAGGUGGCGGAGGGCGAGCGUCUGCGCGUGCAGUGCGUGGCGCACGGCACGCCGCCCCUGCGGCUGGCCUGGUCCCGCGACGGCGGCCCGCUGGCGCCGCACGUGCGCGCGGGCCGCGACGGCGUGCUGCUCGUGGAGCGGGCGGGCCCCGGCGACGCCGGCGCGUACCGCGUGCGCGUCACCAACCGCGCCGGCGCCGGCGAGGCCUCCGCCACCGUGGUCGUCCGCGGCGCCAUCGUCCCGGCGGGCCCGGCGGCCCCGGCGGUGAAGGUGACGCCGAGCGAGGCCGUCAAGGCCCCCGGUUCCGUGGUGGAGUUCUCGUGCCGCGUCACCGGAGAGGCCGGCCACACCGUGGAGUGGACGCGGCACGGCGGCGCCGCCCUGCCGGCCCGGCACACCGUGUCGCACGGCACGCUCCGGCUGGAGGACCUGCACAAGGAGGACGAGGGGGAGUACGUGUGCCGAGCCCGCAACGCAGGCGGGGAGGGGCACAACUCCGCACGGCUCUCCGUGCACGGGGGAUCGUCGCCCUCGUCGUCCGCGGCGCUGCCGGUGGUGAGCAUCUCGGUGCGCACCGCGGCGCAGACCGUGGCGGUGGGCGCCCGCGUCGAGUUCGACUGCCACGCGCCGGGCGAGCCGCUGCCGGCGGUGCGCUGGGACCGCGUGGACGCGGCGCUGCCCCCGCACGCCGUGCUCGCCGGGGGGCUGCUCCUGCUGGAGACGGCGCGACCCUCGGACGCCGGCAUCUACCGCUGCACGGCCACCAACGCCGCCGGCUCCGUGGAGUCGCGCGUGCAGCUCUACGUGCAGGUGGAGCCUCAGAUCUCGGUGAUGCCGAGUUCACGUGUGAUAGCGCCCGGAGGGACGGCGUCGUUCACGUGCCACGCGUCCGGCCUGCCAGCGCCACAGCUCUCCUGGAACAAGGUGGACGGGCCGCCCCCGAGCGACUUCUCGGUGGAGCGCGGCGUGCUGACGAUCCGCCACGUGGGGCGCGAGGACGGCGGCACCUACGCCUGCCGCGGGGACGACGGCCGCGGCGCCACCGUGGCGCAGGCCGUGCUCGUCGUGCGCGAGGUUCUCCGUCCGUACUUCCCCCCGGGGGCCGGAGCCUACGUGAGUCUCCCCGCCAUGAAGGGCGCCUACAAGCGCUUCGAGGCCAAGGUCACGUUCCGGCCGGACACAGCCGACGGUUUGGUGCUCUACAAUGGGCAGAAGCAGGGCAGCGGCGUGGACUUCCUCUCGUUUGGCCUGGUCGGGGGGCGGCCCGAGUUCAGGUUUGACGUGGGCUCAGGCAUGGCGGUGAUCCGCUACCCGAUGCCGCUGGAGCUGGGCGAGUACCACACGGUGACGCUCAGGCGCAACCUCACCGAGGGGUCGCUCACCGUCAACAACGAGGCGCCCGUCGUCGGAUCCUCGCAGGGCAAGUUCCAGGGCUUGGAUCUGAACGAAGAGAUGUACGUCGGCGGCGUCCCCAGCUUCAGCCGCGUCACGCGCAUCACCGGAAUCAAGACCGGAUUCACCGGCUGUGUGCGUGAGAUGGAGCUGCAGGGCGAGCAGGUGAACUUCUUGACGCAGCCGAUCAAGUCGGUGGCCGUGCGCGACUGCCCCACCUGCCAGGACGGCCCGUGCCAGAACGAGGGCGCGUGCCACCCGUCGGAGGAGGGGGGCUACGAGUGCGAGUGCCCGCCAGGCUACACGGGCACCAACUGCGAGCUCCCGGUGGCCUCCUCGUGCCACCCAGGCUCGUGCUCCGACGACGCGACGUGCGUGAGCAGCGAGGAGGGGCCCGGCUUCACCUGCCGCUGCCACCUGGGCAAGUCCGGGGAGACCUGCAUGCAAGGGGAGCUGAUCACGGUGCCGUCGUUCUCGGGUGCGUCGUUCGUGUCGCUGCCGCCGCUGAGCAACGUGCAGAAGCAGCUGACGCUCUCGCUGGAGUUCCGCCCGCUGCAGCUCGACGGGCUGCUGCUCUACAGCGGAGCGCGGCGCGGCAUCCACGACGACUUCGUGUCCGUCGCGCUCGCAAACGGACACGCCGAGCUGCGCUACCACCUGGGUUCCGGCACGGCGGUGCUGCGGAGCCCCGAGCGGGUGCAGGCGGGCCGCUGGCACCGGCUCGUGGUGGAGCGCGUGGAGCGCGAGGGCUGGCUCCGGCUGGACGAGGGCCGCAGGGUGAGCGCUCGCUCCCCCGGGCGCUCCCAGGGGCUCAACCUGCGCUCGCCCCUCUACCUGGGCGGGGUGCCGUCUGGCGGCACGCUGCACGCGCACGCCAACGUCUCCGGCGGCCUGCACGGGUGCAUCGCUGAGGUGCUGGUGAACGGGAAGCGCCUGGACGUGAGCUACUCGUUUGUGGCGUCGCGCGCCGUCGAGCCGUGCCGCGGCGGCGCCGCCAGCGCGUGCGACCAGCGCAACCCGUGCCGCCACGGGGGCUCGUGUGUGCCGCUCGGGGAGUACGAGGUGCAGUGCGUCUGCGCCGACGGAUACCAGGGCGAGCGCUGUGAGGAGCGGCGGAGCGGCUGCUCCCGCGCCGCGGGCUGCAUGAACGGCGGCACGUGCGUGGGCGCGCGCUGCGUGUGCCCCAUGGGUUACCACGGCGAUGACUGUCACCACGCGUCGGUGAUCCAGCAUGCGGCCAGCUUCGCGGGCGACGGGUACAUCGCCCUGCCGGAGAAGAUGUUUGUGAGGAGCAUGCACAAACACCCGGAGACCAUCCAGCUGGAGGUGAAGACACUCUCCCCGGAGGGGCUGCUCGUCUGGCAGGGAGUGGCAGCAAACAAGGUCGGGGAACGCACGCGGCUCGCCAAGCGCGAGGAGGCAGGAGAGAACGGCAAGGGGAAGGACUUUGUGAGUCUCGGCCUCAGGGACGGACGCCUGGUGUUCAGCUACCAGCUGGGCAGCGGAGAGGCGAGCAUUACGUCACGGACGAAGAUCAACGAUGGGCGGUGGCACAACGUGACGGCCGUGAGGGAGGGCCGUCUGGGCUGGCUGCGCGUCGACCACGGCGCCCCGGUGCGGGGCCAGUCGGGCGGCACGAUGCUCAAGGCCGACGUCAAGGGCAGCGUCUUCCUGGGAGGUGCCCCGGACACGGAGACCCUCACGGGGGGCCAUUUCUCGUCGGGGCUCCGCGGCUGCUUGAGGAACGUCGUCCUCGCCAACGAGGCCGCGGCAGGGGGGGGCGCCCCCCCACACCGCGGCCCCCGGCCCCCCAUCGACCUGGCCGUGCACGCGGAGGGAGGCCUCAACGCGGUGGCGUGCGACAACGAAUGAGCCCACCCGCCCGCCCGCCCUGGCAACCCUCCACCGCCACACCGUUGUCACACCCUGGCCACAAUUUUCCACGCACGCAGUCGGCAAUGCCCUACCCACACACGCACGCAGCCGACCAUGCACGCCGUCGCCGCACCGAGCGACACUCCCAGAGUCACCGACGUACGCCGGCACGCAUUUGGGGUCUACUCCAGGCAAGGGGGCGGCCACGCACUCAACCGCGGUCCGGUUGAACCCUCCCGCGCUGGGGCAGGUGCUGUUAGCGAGCGCCUGUGAAGGCCGGCACGUCACAUGCAUGGGGGUGGGUGGCCGGCACCACGCUCGGCCGCCUUUGUCUCCCCAGUGCCGAUGUUUUUACACACCGCACCAGCUACUCAUUUCGGGCUGAGGCCUACCUAGGGCAGGCCCAGUGACUGGUUAGAACAUUCGCCACCGUCAAUUGGUCGUGAGCCGAGAUCGAAGCCACCGGGUUUGUGGCCCACCGCGACAACCGCUACACUUCCGCAGAACACACACGCGCGGACACCCAGUGGCACGGUCACACCGUGACACACACACACACGCGCGCGUGCGCACACACCCAGAGGAAAGGGCGACAACAGCAGCAACACCAUUUAUGAGAGCCAUGAGCGUGCACGCUCCACUUAAUUCGCUUACCCCCUCCCAUGAACUAUCGCCACGACCCCCGAUGUCCACCCGCUCGCCCGGUGUGGGUCACCCGUGGAAGGGGGGGGGGGAAGCGGGGGGGUCGCUUGAUGUUACAGAAAGCGGAGAGAAAAUAAUGAGGACAGGGGGUCAAGAGGUCACAUGGGAAGAGGGGCGAGGGAGAGCCCAUGUUGGGGUCAGAGGGCGUCGUGCGUGCAGGCGUGUGCUGGUGCUGGUGUUCAUUUUGCCAAAUGCUGAUGGAGGUCUUGAUGGUGUGGAUGGUGAACGCGAUGGUGCCGAUGCUGAUAGCGAUGGUGUCGAUGCUGUCGAUGCUGAUGGCGAUGGUGCCGAUGCUGAUGGCGGUGAUGACCGUGUGCAUGGCCCCACUGUUUGACAAGUUGGGGGGGCACGGCGCUGAGAAUCACUUUGCGGCAUGGGGAUGGAAAUGGGUGCGGGGGGGGGGUGGCAGGGGGGGUGAAUGGUGGAGGGAGGGGGGGCAGGGACAGAGGCAGGGGCUGAAGCGACGCGGGGACGUCUUUCGGCGAUGUGCGGCGGUGGGGUGAGGGAGCGGUCUCCUCCGUGCCGGGGGGGGGGGGGGGUGGCGCUGUAGCCGAGGAGACGCGACUCCACCGAUCCACCGAGACCCCGGCGGCUGCACCCCCCCCCCCCGUGUGCUACCGUGUCAAAGCUAACGAAUGUACACCACGUUGUUACUCAACCAUAUACAUAAUUAUUCGUUUUUCGCAGUAAACGUUACGUUGAUUUUUGGCAGGCAUUGCCCAAUUGAGGGUCCUCCCCCCGUUGUUGUUUCGGUCAUGGGGGGGUUGUUUGACCAUACCUCACCGCGCUGGUCAGUGCCGGUAGGGCUGAAGGUGGCGGGGGGGAGCUGGGGGGGAUCGGAGAGCGGGUGGCGUGGUUGGGCGAGAGGGGGUGCUCAGGACCGGUUCAGAUCUCACUCGGUGCCGCUGGUGGUGGCUGUGACUCGGGUGGCCAGAUUCACAGCGCAGUGCGCUCACCACUCCGCCACCCUCCUCGGCUGCAGGGAGUUUUAGUGGGCGGCUGAAGAAGUAUUGUUUUGCCGCCCCCACCCCCCUUCCCCGUCAGUCUGACAAAUUGGGCGGCAAUAUCUCCCCACCACCCUCCUCUCCCCAUGGCGCUAACUGUGGUUGACGAUGAUGGCGGUCUCGGUGCUGACGUUGGGACACCGCGCUGGUGGCGUUGGUGGCCGCAGCGGUGCUGAUGGCGGUACAGGUGGUGACUGUGGUGGUGGUGGUGGUGGCAACGAUGCUGCUGGUGGUGUCUCGGUUGGUAGAGAUGGCGGAAACUGAGUGGAUAGCGGAGCUCAUGGUGGUGGUGGUGUCGAUUAUGGAGAUGUGGGAUGGUGGAGUUGCUCGUGGCGCCGAUGGCGGUAUAGAUGAUGGAGAUAGUGAUGCUGAUGGGGAUGGUGGAGGUGGCGGUGGUGGUGGUGUUGAUGAUGGAGAUGAUGAUGAUGCUGAUGGGGAUGGUGGAGAUAGUGGUGGUGGUGGUGUUGAUUAUGGAGAUGAAGAUGAUGCUGAUGGGGAUGGUGAUGGUGGUGGUGUUGAUUAUGGAGAUGAUGAUGCUGAUGGAGAUGGUGGUGGUGGUGUUGAUGAUGGAGAUGAUGAUGAUGCUGAUGGGGAUGGUGAUGGUGGUGGUGGUGGUGUUGAUUAUGGAGAUGAUGAUGCUGAUGGGGAUGAUAAUGCUGAUGGGGAUGGUGGAUAUGGUGGUGGUGGUGUUGAUGAUGGAGAUGAUGAUGAUGAUGCUGAUGGGGAUGGUGGAGAUGGUGGUGUUGAUGUUGGAGAUGAUGAUGAUGAUGAUGCUGAUGGGGAUGGUGGAGAUGGUGGUGUUGAUGAUGGAGAUGAUGAUGAUGAUGAUGCUGAGGAUGAUGGUGGCGGUGAUGGGGGAGGCGACGAUCUCGCUCCAGCGGCGCAACGCUACGCUUCUGUAUUUAUUUGUGGGCUCCGACCUGUGACAAUCAGCGCCAUGGUUAUAGAGCACAAAGGCGACGACAACCCUGACAUGGGGACACACGGUGGGGGGGGGGGGGUAGGGGGGGUAGGGGAGGGGCACACAAGGGGAUAUACGGGGAUGCACAAAGGGAUUAAACACAGACGCCAACCCUGCGCCAUUUGGUGCAACACAGAGCGAGCGAGGUCGUCCCGUGGAGUGUGUGGAUUUGUGGACCCUGGCCUUUUUUGGAUAUCUGCUUCCGAGUCUGGGCCUCUCCGAUCUUCGGCUCUGGUCUAAGAUCGGAGAUCACCUACGUGACUUUACCGAAAGAACCAAAGAGUAUCGUUGCAGGUCUUGGUGCUGGUUUCAAGGGUUCAGGGGCCUUGGGUGUGCAGUCUCUGGUCCUGGGUCCAUGGACCUGUUUCAGAAGUAUCAGAUUGCAGAAUCGUGAGCUUCAUAAUUCUCCUGAACCGUGGUCCUGAGGUCACCUCGAGUCCCUGAUCCUGGCUCCGUGGACCUGUUCCAGAGUUUUGCAAUCUCAAGGUCUUGUGCCCCAAGAAUCCCAAACCCUGGUCCUGAGCUCGAUGAGUCACAGAUCCUGGCUCCAUGGACCGGUCCAUGAGGUCUCGGCCAUGAGAACCGUGCGGCCCAACGCUCGGGGGGGGGGGGGGGGGGGGUAAGCGAACACGCGCGGUCCGGGCUUCGUGGCGGCGCCAUUUCCACCGCGUGCGGCACUCCGAACGCCCCCCCCCCCCUCAACCGCUCCUGGUGUUCGUCCGCCCCCCGCGACCCCCACUCGGCCAGCGGACCGGGGGUCCUCGCCGCGGGGCGGGGGGAGGGCAGGGGUCAGGGGGCCCGCUCAACGCUUCCCAGCGCAGGCGUGACAAACUCGUUUUUUUAAGUUAUAUUUUACAAGUAAGAGAAUACGCGUUACUAAUGAUGAUGAUGAUUACGAUAGCGAGUGUGGGCGCGUGUUUUUGUAAUGUUACGGCACUGGGAGCGGCGGCGGCGGUGGCUCAUGGGUUAUCCGCAGAGUCGGCGGGGGGGGGGGGGGCGGUGGAGUGCUCGGAGCGUGGAGCUCUGCCCCCUCUCCCGCCCGGCGGAGCCUGAGCAGUGACGCGUGUGGCUCAGUCUACAAGGGGGCUCAGCCCCCCCCCCCCUAUCCCCAAAAUAAAACUGGUGCUACACGACCCAA